AGUGGCUGCAGUGGCUGUGCACGGUGGCAGGCUGGUGCAGUGCGGGCGCUGUGCUCUACGGCAGCUGCCACCAGCAGGAGGUCUUCAGCGUCGCCGACGACGCGCGUGCCGACACUAGGACGCGCUUCUCUGCUCAGUACUGUGAUAAGGGCAUGCCCUUAGUGGCGCAUAAGGUUGCCCUCGCUGUGAUGAGUGCAGUUAACUUCUGCCUCGCCUCCUACAGCAACAGGACCUACGCUCCGUCCUCGCUCUCUGCUCCCUCUGAUCUCGCGCCGCUCCUAAAGACAAUAUCCGAGGUCACGUCACACGCUCUGCAGAGAAACAAUAACCUCACUGCUCUCUUCCUCAACACCAAACUCUUCUCGCUGCUCAAAUUAAACUCUAUUGUUGACAACGUUGAGUCACAAGUGCCCACUAAUGACGGUAAUGUUACGAACAAUUUACCGCAAGUUCGUCAGAUUGUCGAUGCCAGCCUCAUCUUCUCGCUUCUCCUCAAGUUGGUCCAGCCUAAAAACACUGACAUUCAACUUGGGGUUAGCCUCCUGACGUUGCUUUCACUCAAAGAAUCUUUGUCUAUCCUUAAUGAGCUCAUUAAACGUCUCGGCUUUGAUUACCCUCGACUGGAAAUGGUUGCUGAGAUCGGGAAGAGUCUGUGUGAAAUUUACAGUCAGGUAGAAAUGAGGGCCAGGUUCGAAGAUAUGCACAAAAACGCGCGUUGGGGUGAGCGUUUUGCAGAAAUGAACAUCUCAUUCGCAGAUUAUUUCGGCAAACACGUCGCAAUAUUUCAGAAUAUUUUCAAUGUCAUCGUGGAACACCCAAAUUGUUCGUGCUCACUCCUAAAAGAUCUCUGUACCGACUUUAACCUGUCCUACACGGAAGCCAUGUUGUGUUUCAUCAGAAGUUUGGUCAGUAGAGGCCUGCCUGCGCCCGAGGACGACCUGACCAUCACCUCGAGUGGGUGGCCAGCAGAGCAGAUCUCUCAGGUCACGGCCGGCGUCGAAGAUAAAGUCUUGUUAAGGGAAGCCUUCGUCAAGGAGCUGAGUAGCGUGAACAGCUACCACUACGACGCUAUACAGUUCUUGUUAAAACAACUCGCUGUGCUGGACCAAAAAGAGAGUUCUGAGCAGGACUGGCAUAGAGGUCUCGAGAUCCUACAGUUCCUCAGAACCUAUGAGCGCAAGUCUAAACCUCCAAGUGAAGAACUAGAUGAAUGGAACUCUAAGAACCCGAAUUCUAAAUCCUUCCCAACGAUUGCGUCUAAACGACUGCCAUUUACCGAGCUCUUUGAAGGCAGUGCUAAGCUUGUCAUGAAAAUUAUUGACGGUGAAUUAGACGUACUCACUAUCGACUCAUGGCUGCGAUGUUCCGACUCACUUAAACUCAACCAAGACCAGAUGUGCUUCGUAGCAGUCAAAAACACCGUGUCGCGCGCCCUUGUAAAGAAGCAAUACGAGUCUAACGAACCGUGGCAAUUAACGUCAUGCCACUCAGACCUCCUGAAGGAUGUUAGUGUGGUCAUCUCUAGGAUACAACACGACAAGCUAGCCAUGGCAUGUGGCCAGAGCGUGGUCAAGAUGUUGCCACAUGGCGCGGACCGCGUGCUGUGUACGCACAGCUGCCUGCUCAUGGCGCGCCGCUGGAGGGACCACAGCGAUACCACAGAAGCGCGCGACGCUGUCGCCAAGUUCACCAGCGAGUACCAGCGCCUUUGUGCUGAACAAGCGCUCCACCGGCACUCACUAGCGCCUGUC